UUCGAAAUAAGUGCAAGAUUUGGAGGUGAAGCCAGCAGCCCCUCUCUGACACUUCAGGCAGCUAAACAUUUUUGGCAUGCUUGCUCUCCACUGACAAAAUCUGCUAAGGAACGAGAACCUCUUAAGGAUUUUGUUAUUUGUGUUAUAAAGGCCUGAAUGAAGCAGAAACCAAGCAGAAACAGGGGACAGAAAAUGAUACCACUUUAUUUUACCUGUGGCCUACGAUGGACAUUGAAAACCGUAAAGUGCAUGACCCAGAUAAUCCUAAAGCAGUCUCCAGUGAAUCCAUUGGAUAUAAUGAAGAGUUAAGCCUGAAAGCUGGACUUUAUGAGCUGCUGUUCAUAUUACAUGCUGAUAAGAAUGAUUGGGAAUCGGGUCUCAAAGUGCUGGAUGAAGCCAUCAACAUUCUGCCACGUACUAGACACAGACUUGUCAUCUUCAAACACCGUGUUCUUGUAAAGGCACGUUUGGGUCAUAACUUUUUCAUGGACAUCCAGAAGUUCAAGGAUGAAAGUGAAGACUAUGUGUCAUACAUUUGGCAUAAUGUUGCCAAAACCUGCAGAAGCGACCGUGAACAGUUAGCCUGCUAUAUGAAUGCAGUUGAUGCUUUGAAGAAACCAGAAAAUGAUUGGCAAAAAGUGGAGUACUUGCUAGAACUAGCAGAAUGGUUGUACUGCAAACAGUUUUCUCUAAGCGAUGCCAUGAACAUGCUUGAUUGGGCGGUGGAUAUACUGCUUCAUAUGAGGUUCUCCAGUAAUUCAGAGGAAGGUAAAACUCAAAAAAUAAAAGCAAAGCCUAGAAAGAAAUCAUCCCAGAAUAAGGAGCCAGCAAGUGAACAAGAUCCAAACCCAGAGGUUACCGAAACAGGACCUGGAGAACAGUUGGGAAGCCCUUGUAACUCCCUGGAAAAUUUGAAGAACAUUAGACAGCUAGAGGCCUUAGCACGA